GAUACGUAAUCACGCAUCUGCUUCGAAGAAUUUAUUAGAAAGGCAUCAGUGCAUGACGAUUGUUUUCUUUCACUAUUUAUGAACUUUGUCAGGUGUAGUACUUCCAGAUUUUUGCAACAAAAUCUCCAGCAUUAUGGCGGAUAAGACCAACAAAUUUGAGAUCCAUGAAGCUGCCAGGAAUGGGCGAACAAAUGUGGUUGAAAGUCUCCUGAAUGCAAAUUCGAAACUGGCCACUCUGAAAGACGAUGACGACCGCCUGCCAUUGCACUGGGCUGUUGCGCAAGGACAUCUUGACGUAGUAUCAAUUCUGGCCCAAAGGAAGGAUUUCGAUCCAGAUGUUCACGAUGGUGCGGGUUGGACCCCUUUGAUGAUAGCAGUCAGCCUCAAAGAGGGUGAAGAUAUCGUUAAACUCCUGUUGAGCAAAGGAGCAGAUGUGAGCGAGACAAAUAACAACGGCCAGACUGCUAUAUUCUUCGCCACCUCAAAGAAUAAUCUUGACGUUACUAAAACCCUCUUGGCAAACAAGCCACCAGCAUCAGUGAGAGUGAAGGAUAAGCGUGGCCAAUACCCCAUCCACAGAGCUGCGUCAAUCGGGAGCGUGCCAUUGGUGGAGCUGCUAUUGAAGAACAGGAGCCCACUGAACGCAACGGAUUCAGCGGGAUAUACGCCGUUACAUCACGCAAUUGCUGAGGGCCAUGGUGAUACUGCGCUUGCCCUCCUCAAGGCUGGGGCAGAGUCGGAUAAGAAGGACGUUGACGGCUUUCUUGCCAUCGACCUUGCUCCGGAUGGAAAGAUCCGCAAGUUCAUACUGGAGAGCGUCGAGCGGGAGGGAAUAGAUAUCACAACCAGCAGCUAGGCCUUGCAAUCAUUCACAGAGACACCUAGCAUUGACACAAUCAAGACAUUACAAUGCAGUAGUAUGUAG